AUGGCGACUCCAACACCAGGAAAAUAUCCCGGUGUGGCAGCUACACCACCCGUUUCAACUCCAUUUUCUACAUCUCAUCUAGCAUUCUCUCCUCAUGGACCGCGUUCUGUUGUCCCAUCUCCUUCUCAAAUCAAGAAAUCUAGUCCAGCAGGAACUUCAAUGUCAAAUCAAGGAUAUAAUAUGGGGAUGGUGGGAUUUGAUAGUCCUUCUGCAGCAUUGGCGUUGGGGAUGGGUGCGGAUGUGGUAGGGGAUUUGGGAAUUGAUUUACAUGGGAUUGGAGGGUUGGGUGGAGGCCCGGGAAAGGAUGAGGAGGAGAAAAGGAGGAGGUUGAUGGCGUGUAUUGAGAUUUUGAAGCCAAAUAAAGGACGACUUAGUGAAGCUGGGCUCGAAAGAUUAGCACGAAGAGUAGGAUUAGAAUGUUUAUGGGAGGAUUCAAUGGGCGGCGCGAGCAAUGGGCGAACACUUAUUAUAGCAGGGAAUGCUCUCGCACUCGAUAUCGAUUUCGCAAAUAAUAUCGUACAGAAAGUUUCGCUAUCGUUUCCCGAUGCACCAGAAUCAGUAACAAAGCAUGAGAAGACAGCCUCAGAUAUUUUAUUGAAAGAUUUACAAUUCGAAGCUGGAGAGAGUCCGUUGACGAAGAUACUAGAUCGAUUCGCGGCAAAUUUGGAGAGGUUAACUAUGUUGGAUAAAUUAAGCGUUAUACCUGGACUUAAUUGUCAUGAGGCGGUUGCGGGGAUAUAUUGCAGUUUGCAUAAGCUAUAUAAUUGGGAGUUGAGCAGGUUGAGGGAGAAUGAUAUGCUAGGAAUGGGGGAUGAGGAAAUUGUGAGGGCGGCGAUGUGUAUCAGGAGUGGCAUACCAGUUAUGCAUUCAAGGAAAAGGUUAGGAUUAAGUCUGGAUUAUUGGCAAGAAAAACGACGAAUUCCAACAAAGGGAAGGGAAAAGAACAGGAAGACAUGGUCGUUAUUAGUCGAAGUCGCACCGUUACCUUCAUUGGUAGUGGGUGUAUAUACCCCUCUACGUGUAUCUGAUAAAUGGAUAUCAGACGAUAUUCAGAAAUCAGAUCCAGCAGUCGACGAGUUAUUCCAGGCAGCACAAUUGCGCCAAGGACCAAUUUUAGAUUGGUUGGAACCUGACAAUACUCUUUUACCGACAAAUUCUGAUAAUAAGGCGGAUGGCUUGGAUGUUGGAGCACAAAAAUUCCCAGAAGCAAUUUUUGUUGCGAAAUUUGAUCCGCCAAUUAUAGUACCUUACGCAAUCGCAAUGCAGAUAUAUCAAUCAACCCAAACACCCUUUGAUUUUUCAGAAAUCACAACGUUUGAUGGACUUAUGUUUCCGUUAAGUGCGGAGGAAGCAUUGAAGACUAGCGAAACACAAGCCAGAACUAUUAACAUUCAGAGGAAUGUCCCUGUUUGGGAUCGAGAAGGGAAGAAGAGGAUAGAGAAACAUAGUAACACGUUGUUUAUUGAGAAGAUUGAUUAUGGAAGGCAGGUAGAGGAGGUGUCAUUUAGUCAUCCAAGACAAUUGGUGGAAAUGUUGCCAUGUUUGAGACAGUUUGCUUUUUUGAGCACGAUUUUGAGGAAAAGUUUUGCGGCGGAAGAAAAUUCGAAAUUAAAAUCAAAGGAGAGAGAUUCAUCUAAAGUUGAUGCAGUCUCCAAGUCUCUAGAACCGGAAACCAUCAGUCCUCCAACUAAAAAACGGGAAUUUGAGGAUUUUAUGAAGGGUCUUACUGCAACGCCAACAUUAACUUCAAUACCAAAACAGGAGAAAGAAAAAAAGGAUAAAUCAAAACAUCUAGAUGUUUCAUUAACAUUAACUCCAAUCCCUAGAGUUCAAGUGGUAUUUGACUUUAAGAAAAGAAGCGCGAAUGUGGUUUUUGAAAUUCAAGGGAAUGGAGGCGUGGUGGUGGUGGAUGAGAAUGUUUUACGUGGGGUAACUUCGGAAGGGGAUGAUGUGGUAGGGAAGAGAAAGGAGAGGGUUUUUACGAGAGAUGAUUUGGGGAGGAUGUUGGAGGUUUGUGAGGAUUUGGGAAUUUGGGUUGAGUGGGUCAGGGGGAGGUUGUAG